GCCCCGGUAUAAAUGCGUGCUCUGCUUCUUGACCAGCUCUUGCACGGGACAUUCAGUACAUUCUUUCAUCUUCAGUUGACGCUCUGCCUUUUAUCAGCACAGUCAUAAUGCCGUCUGAUCUGGAGAGAGCGAUGGAGACGCUGAUCACAGUGUUUCACCGUUAUGCGAGCAAAGAGAGUGGAAAUAAAUCAACAUUAAAUCGCAGAGAGCUCAAACUGCUGAUGGAGACAGAGUUGGCCAACUUUAUGAAGUCUCAGAAGGACCCUGCUGCCGUAGACAAGAUUAUGAGGGAUUUGGAUGCUAAUGGUGAUGGAGAGGUGGAUUUUGAAGAGUUUGUGUCUCUUGUGGUGGGCCUGUCCAUUGCCUGUGAACAGAUCUACAAGAUGCACAAGCAGGGGGCAGGGGGUGUCAAAAAGCAAUAAAAGAUGACUGUUCUGUCAUUUUGUUAAUAGGUUUUAAUAAACGAUUUCAGCCACA